ACCUAUGAAAGGGAAAGGUCAAUGCAGUUCCAUCCACACAGGGAGUAAAAUGGCCUCUGAUGCUCCUCGAAAAUCCCUAGUCUGGGCAAUAUUAGAAAAGACCUUUGAUGUGGGCUUUCUGGAUUUCUGAAGAAGAUGCACUGCAUAAAAAUAAAAAGGAAAAUAGACUGCGAGUGGAUACUUUGUGGGAGAUGGAACUUGUGUUGUCACCACAGUAAGAAGGAUUCAUGGGGCAGGUCUUACCAGGAGACAAGUUAUAUGGCCCAGGCAUUCUCAUGAACAUCUGCCCUGACCAAACCUUUCUCUUUCAGCAGAACCAAAGCCAGAGGUGCACCCAUGUCCCUCCUGCUCUCUGGCCUUCUCCAGUCAGAAAUUCCUCAGCCAACACGUGAAACUCAAUCAUCCCUCUCAGAUUCUCCCAGGAACAUCUGCAAGAAAACACCUCCAAGCAGAGGAGCCCUGUCCAGAGGAUCAGAAUCAGCAGCAGCAACAGACUAGCAUGCACAGCUGGAAUGAUAAAGCUGAAGGUCAAGAGGUCAAAGAAAGGUCCAAACCUUUGCUUAAAAGAAUCAGUCAGAGGAGAAUCUCAAGACCCUUUUUCCAAACUUCCAAAGAACAAAUGAGCUCUAGUGAGCAUGAGAGAAUGAUGGAGGAAGAGCCCCACAGAGGCCAGGAAGAGAGUCCUGAGGACACAGGCAAGGUAUUUGUGAAAGUUGGAAUGUCAAGAAUUAUAACAACCCAGCAUGGAGGGUGUUGUCAAGGCUUCAGUGAUGGGUCACAUCUCAUCACACACCAGAGGACACACUCAGGGGAGAAGCCCUACGUUUGUAGGGAGUGUGGGAGCAGCUUUACACGGAAGUCAAAUCUCAUCAGACACCAGAGGACACACUCAGGGGAGAAGCCCUAUGUUUGCAGGGAGUGUGGGCGAGGCUUUACCUGGAAGUCACAUCUCAUCACACACCAGAGGACACACUCAGGGGAGAAGCCCUAUGUUUGCAGGGAGUGCAAGCGAGGCUUUACGCAGAAACCAAGUCUCAUCGCACACCAGAGGACACACUCAGGGGAGAAGCCCUAUGUUUGCAAGGAGUGCAAGCGAGGCUUUACACAGAAGUCAGUUCUCAUCGCACACCAGAGGACACACUCAGGGGAGAAGCCCUAUGUUUGUAGGGAGUGUGGGCGAGGCUUUACACGGAAGUCACAUGUCAUCAGACACCAGAGGACACACUCAGGGGAGAAGCCCUAUGUUUGCAGGGAGUGCAAGCGAGGCUUUACCUGGAAGUCAGAUCUCUUUACACACCAGAGGACACACUCAGGGGAGAAGCCCUAUGUUUGCAAGGAGUGCAAGCGAGGCUUUACACAGAAGUCAAAUCUCAUCAGACACCAGAGGACACACUCUGGGGAGAAUCCUUAUGUUUAUCUGUUUUACAAGAUAACCAAAUGGGGUCUGAAGCCAGAUAAGGAUUUGGGCUACUAA